AUGGCGUGGCUAAAGCUGGCAGGCAGGAGGAGUUUCACAGCAGCCUCCACUCACUGCCCACCAUGGCUGGCUCCGAAAAGGCUCCCUGGCUGCCCAGGGAAACUCCUCAGAUGUGGAACAGGGAGUGAACCUGGCGGAAACCUGAGCAAAAUGCCACCAGAGCUCAUCUGCCUCUUCCUGUGCACUCUGAGUGCUCCAAGUCUCUCAGGAAUUUUAGGAGGAGAUGCUUUGUUGCCAGCACCUCAGAGUAUCUCCAUUCUUUCAACCAACAUGAAACACUUCUUAACUUGGAGUCCUGUGAUCGUCCAGGGAGCAACUGUGAGAUACUCAGUUGAGUUUCAAGGGGAAUACGAGCGGGAAUAUGCCAACGGGAGCUGGAUCCCCAUCUCAGAGUGCUCCCUCACCACAGCCACCAUCUGCAACCUCACCGAGGACAUCUCAGCCUCUGUGGCCUACAAGCUGCGCGUCAGGGCAGAGCUUGGUGCCACCAGGUCACAGUGGGGCACCACCAAAGGCUUCUUCAACCGCGCCAUGACAUCCCUGACCCCACCGCUGCUGAGGGCCGUGGCAGAUGGGCACCAUUUGCUGGUGGAGCUGGCAGACAUGGGACCCUCCUUCCAGUUCCAGGUGCUCUACUGGAGGAAGGGCCAGGAGAGCAGGGUGCAGCAGAAGGUGCUGAAGGAGGUGAGCUCCGUGGUUCACCUGGACACCAUGGAGGCAGGAGCUGAGUACUGUGUGAAGGCUCAGACUCACGUCCAGGCCAUCAACAGGAGCAGCAGCUUCAGCCCCAUGCAGUGUGUGAGGGCUCAGGGUGACACAUCCAUGUGGCUGGUUACUGCCCUCAUCUCCUCUGCUGGCUUUGCUGUGGCAGUUUUGACCCUGCCUCUACUUACCUGGAAAAUAAGUAAAUUCUUCCAAUAUUCCUGCUGCCCUGCUGCUGUCCUGCCAGACACACUGAAGGAAUCAGAGCCCCCCACCCAGCUGAUCCUGCAGGGCAGUGAAGAAGCUGAGCAAUGUGACCUGAUGGUGGUUGUGAUGCCCUCAGAAGAAGUUCUUCAGCUGUGGAUUCAAAAAGCGCUUUAG